CGCUUUCCCACCUCAGCACUAUGGCUGCAUAUUUCGCCGCACGACACCGAGCCAUGCGCGUCGUCGCCGCGCGACCGGUCGCGCGAUGUGCGACGACGCGCGCGCAGCCGAACCCCAUCGCGACGUUCAACACGUCCUACGGCAGUUUCAAGGCCGAGAUCUACCUCGACCGCGUGCCGCGCACGGCGAGCAACUUCAUCGACCUCGCGCGGUCGGGCUUCUACGACGGCCUGCACGUGCACCGCGUCGUGCCCGGCUUCAUGGCCCAGUUCGGCUGCCCGGAGUCGCGCGACCCGCGGUCGCCGCUCCAGGGCGUCGGCGGCCCGCCCGACGGCGCCUUCGAGAACCUGGUCACCAACGAGACGGAGCAGCGGUCCAACGGCGGCCUCAUCGCCGACGAGCACGUCGACCGCACGUCCAACGGCCCCGGCACGCUGUCCAUGGCGAACACGGGCGCGCCGGACAGCGGCGGCUCGCAGUUUUUCUUCAACGUCGGCGGCAACGCGCAGCUCGACUGGUUCUCGCCGGGCCCGAGCCGGCACGUCGUCUUCGGCGCGCUCGUCGACUCCGCGGCCUACGAGACGGCCGUGGCCAUCUCGCGCGUCCGCGCGGACGACGACGACCGGCCCGUCGAGCCCGUCGAGGUCCGGUCCGUGCGCGUCGACGCGCCGGAGAGGCAGGCGCGGACGCUCACGUGGGACGACGAGCAGGAGCUCGCGCACCUCGCGCGCAUGCGCCGCGGCGCCGCGGGCGAGGACGCGGACGCGACGUUCGCCGGGCGCAUGGGCGUCGGCGGCGCGGCGCCGCUGAGCGCCGAGGUCUUGGAGUCCGCGGACCGGCGCACGGCGGUCACGGAGGUCGACGCCGGCGGCUUCGAGCUCAACGGCGACGUCUUCGUGCCGUCGAGCGUCGCCUGCCUCGCGCACAGCGCGUUCCUCUGGAAGGCGCGGCGGCCCGAGGACGUCACCGUCGAGUCGAUGCGCCUCUUCACGGCCGUGCACCCGCGGCCGGAGAUCGUCGUGUUGGGGUUGGGCGCCAAGGGCCCGCGGGAGCGGCUGCUCGACGUGGAGCUCUUCUUCCGCGACGAGGGCAUCGCGCUGGAGCAGAUGGACACGGCGAACGCGGUCCACACGUUCAACAUCCUCAACGACGAGAAGCGCGAGGUCGGCGCGGCGCUGCUGACGCUCGAGCCCCGCGGCGCCGACGAGUACGCCGACCCGUUCGCCGCGGCGCUCGCGGGGGAUGGUAACAAGGGGUGAUUGCG